CCCGAUGGAAUUGGAGAAUUUCCGCCGCCUUGUCUCUCUGGUCUCUGCUCUGAGCCUCUCUCCCAUCUGGCAAUCUCUCACGUCUCUGUCUUCUCUCUCUGCUUCAUCGACUUCAUAGACCGAGACGCCAUUUUCGGGAACUCACUAUUUGCUGCCUCGCAUCUCUAACGGAUUGGCACUGUCACUCUUUGUUUCAGCAGCAGCAAGUUUAGGUUUUUAGUAAGAAAACUAUAUCAACGACUGUUCAAGUUUGGAGGGGUUUAAAUAUAAACUUGUCAGGGUAACGUGGUCUCCCUAGUUUCUCCCAAAAAUGUCUCUGCUUAGUUCCUCCACAGUAUUAUUCCAAAACAAUACCAAUAAGAGUAUUCAGAUUGUUUUCAAACCCGUGAAAUACAAUGGGGUUGUUUUCCAUCCAGUGAAACACAAUGGAAUUGUUUUCCAUCCGGUGAAACACAAUGGGAUUUGUAGAUGCGUUUCAACUCCUCCAGCCGAAAUGAUUGAUUACAAGACAAAGGUCUCUCGUAACUCAAACAUGGCUAAACUUCAAGCUGGCUACCUUUUCCCAGAGGUUGCUAGAAGAAGGAAUGCACACUUGUUGAAGAACCCUGAUGCACAAAUUAUAAGCCUUGGUAUUGGUGAUACUACUGAGCCUAUCCCAGAAGUUAUAACUUCUGCAAUGGCGAAGAGAGCAAAUGAGCUAUCGACUAUAGAAGGUUACAGCGGUUAUGGAGCUGAACAAGGUGAAAAACUUUUGAGAGCUGCUAUUGCUUCCACCUUUUACUCAAAUCUUGACAUAGAGGAUGAUGAUAUAUUCGUCUCUGAUGGCGCAAAAUGUGACAUAUCCCGCCUUCAGGUCCUUUUCGGGUCUGGUGUUACAAUGGCGGUACAAGACCCUUCAUAUCCGGCCUAUGUAGAUUCAAGUGUGAUCAUGGGUCAGACUGGCCUGUUCCAGAAGGAUGUCGAGAAGUAUGGAAAAAUUGAAUACAUGAAAUGUACUCCAGAGAAUGGUUUCUUUCCCGAUUUAUCCGCCGUAUCUCGAACAGAUAUCAUUUUUUUCUGUUCACCUAAUAAUCCAACUGGUUCUGCUGCAUCAAGAAAGCAACUUACUCAGUUGGUUCAGUUUGCUAAGGAUAAUGGUUCAAUUAUAAUUUAUGAUUCCGCGUAUGCCAUGUACAUGUCAGAUGACAAACCACAGUCCAUCUUUGAAAUUCCUGGAGCCAAAGAGGUUGCAAUUGAGACUUCGUCAUUUUCCAAGUACGCCGGUUUCACUGGAGUUCGUCUGGGUUGGACUGCAAUUCCAAAACAGCUUCUCUUUUCAGAUGGGUUUCCUGUUGCCAAAGAUUUCAACCGCAUUGUUUGUACUAGCUUCAAUGGUGCAUCCAACAUUGCCCAAGCUGGUGCUCUUGCAUGCCUUUCGCCAGAAGGUCUCAAGGCUAUGAAUGAGGUGAUUGGCUUCUAUAAAGAGAACACUAAUAUUAUAAUGGAGACUUUUAAUUCACUCGGCUUUAAUGUCUAUGGAGGGAGAGAUGCACCUUAUGUGUGGGUCCACUUUCCUGGUCGGAGUUCAUGGGAUGUAUUCGGUGAAAUUCUUGAGAAGACCCAUGUUGUUACAACUCCCGGCAGUGGUUUCGGACCUGGUGGUGAAGGUUUCAUUAGGGUUAGCGCCUUCGGACACAGGGACAAUGUGUUAGAGGCCUGUAGAAGAUUCAAGCAGUUGUACAAGUGAGAUGAUGAUUUCACUUGCCUCAGCCAUAUCUGGCUUUCUUUGAUUGUAGGAUCUUGGCAUUAGGUUCCCUAGAUAUUUAUCCUUCUGCAUUCUUCUUCUUGUUCUAUUUUCAUGUAUGUUUAAAACAUUCUAGCAGUGAGAGUAAUAAUAAUAGAAAGCCAGAUUUUAUCA